GGUUGGGCUCGCGGUGCUGUGAUUGGUAUACCCGGACUCCGCCUCCAGCGCAUGUCAUUAGCAUAUCAUUAGCUGUCCGCUCGGGCUCCGGAGGCAGCCAACGCCGCCAGUCUGAGGCAGGUGCCCGACAUGGCGAGUGCAGUGCUGCCGAGCGGAUCCCAGUGUGCGGCGGCAGCGGCGGUGGCGGCGGCGGCGCCUCCCGGGCUCCGGCUCCGGCUUCUGCUGUUGCUCUUCUCCGCCGCGGCACUGAUCCCCACAGGUGAUGGACAGAAUCUGUUUACGAAAGACGUGACAGUGAUCGAGGGAGAGGUUGCGACCAUCAGCUGCCAAGUCAAUAAGAGUGACGACUCUGUGAUUCAGCUACUGAAUCCCAACAGGCAGACCAUUUAUUUCAGGGACUUCAGGCCUUUGAAGGACAGCAGGUUUCAGUUGCUGAAUUUUUCUAGCAGUGAACUCAAAGUAUCAUUGACAAACGUCUCAAUUUCUGAUGAAGGAAGAUACUUUUGCCAGCUCUACACCGACCCCCCACAGGAAAGUUACACCACCAUCACAGUCCUGGUCCCACCACGUAAUCUGAUGAUCGAUAUCCAGAAAGACACUGCGGUGGAAGGUGAGGAGAUUGAAGUCAACUGCACUGCUAUGGCCAGCAAGCCAGCCACGACCAUCAGGUGGUUCAAAGGGAACACGGAGCUAAAAGGCAAAUCGGAGGUGGAAGAGUGGUCAGACAUGUACACUGUGACCAGUCAGCUGAUGCUGAAAGUUCACAAGGAGGACGAUGGGGUCCCAGUGAUCUGCCAGGUGGAGCACCCUGCGGUCACUGGAAACCUGCAGACCCAGCGGUAUCUAGAAGUACAGUAUAAGCCUCAAGUGCAUAUUCAGAUGACUUAUCCUCUACAAGGCCUAACCCGGGAAGGGGAUGCGCUUGAGUUAACAUGUGAAGCCAUCGGGAAGCCCCAGCCUGUGAUGGUAACUUGGGUGAGAGUCGAUGAUGAAAUGCCUCAGCACGCCGUACUGUCUGGGCCCAACCUGUUCAUCAAUAACCUAAACAAAACAGAUAAUGGUACAUACCGCUGUGAAGCUUCAAACAUAGUGGGGAAAGCUCACUCGGAUUAUAUGCUGUAUGUAUACGAUCCCCCCACAACUAUCCCUCCUCCCACAACAACCACCACCACCACCACCACCACCACCACCACCACCAUCCUUACCAUCAUCACAGACACAACGGCGACGACAGAACCAGCAGUUCACGAUUCCCGAGCAGGUGAAGAAGGCUCGAUCAGGGCAGUGGAUCAUGCCGUGAUCGGUGGCGUCGUGGCGGUGGUGGUGUUUGCCAUGCUGUGCUUGCUCAUCAUUCUGGGGCGCUAUUUUGCCAGACAUAAAGGUACAUACUUCACUCAUGAAGCCAAAGGAGCCGAUGACGCAGCAGACGCAGACACAGCUAUAAUCAAUGCAGAAGGAGGACAGAACAACUCCGAAGAAAAGAAAGAGUACUUCAUCUAGAUCAGCCUUUUUGUUUCAAUGAGGUGUCCAACUGGCCCUAUUUAGAUGAUAAAGAGACAGUGAUACUGGAACUUGCGAGAAAUUCGUGUGUUUUUUCAUGAAUGGGUGGAAAGGUGUGAGACUGGGAAGGCUUGGGAUUUGCUGUGUAAAAAAAAAAAAAAAAUGUUCUUUGGAAAGUACAUUCUGCUGUUUGACACCUCUUUUUUUGUUCGUUUGUUUGUUUGUUUAGUUUUUAUUUCUUCCUACCAAGUCAAACUUGGAUACUUGGAUUUAGUUUCAGUAGAUUGCAGAAAAUUCUGUGCCUUGUUUUUUGUUUGUUUGUUGCGUUCCUUCCUUCUUUCCCCCUUUGUGCACAUUUAUUUCCUUCCCUCUCCCCCCCAAUUUUGGAUUUUUUCCAAAAUCUCCCAUUUUGGAAUUUGCCUGCUGGGAUUCCUUAGACUCUUUUCCUUCCCUUUUCUGUUCUUGUUUUUACUUUCUUUUGUUUAUUUUUGUGGUAACUGCUUUCUGUUCCAAAUUCAGUUUCAUAAAAGGAGAACCAGCACAGCUUAGAUUUCAUAGUUCAGAAUUUAGUGUAUCCAUAAUGCAUUCUUCUCUGUUGUCGUAAAGAUUUGGGUGAACAAACAAUGAAAACUCUUUGCUGCUGCCCAUGUUUCACAUACUUAGAGCAGUGAAGACUAGAAAAUUAGACUGUGAUUCAGAAAAUGUUCUGUUUGCUGUGGAACUACAUUACUGUACAGGGUUAUCUGCAAGUGAGGUGUGUCACAAUGAGAUUGAAUUUCACUGUCUUUAAUUCUGUAUGUGUAGACGGCUCAGUAUAGAUACCCCACGCUGUCCAGAAAGGUUUGGGGCGGAAAGAAUUCCUCCUUUUUCCAUGCCCUAAACAGACCUGACAGGUGAGGUCUGUUCCUUUUAUAUAAGUGGACAAAUUUGAGUUGCCACAGGAGGGGAAGUAGGGAGGGGGGAAAUAUAGUUCUGCUCUGGUUGUUUCUGUUCCAAAUGAUUCCAUCCACCUUUCCCAAUCGGCCUUACUUCUCACUAAUUUGUAGGAAAAAGCAAGUCCGUGUGUUGUGCGAAUGACUGAAUGGGACAGGGUUGAUUUUUUUUUUUUUUUUCCUUUGUGCUUAGUUAGGAAGGCAGUAGGAUGUGGCCUGCAUGUACUGUAUAUUACAGAUAUUUGUCAUGCUGGGAUUUCCAACUCGAAUCUGUGUGAAACUUUCAUUCCUUCAGAUUUGGCUUGACAAAGGCAGGGGGUACAAAAGAAGGGCCGGUAUUGUUCUCACACUGGUCUGCUGUCGCUCUCAGUUCUCGAUAGGUCAGAGCAGAGGUGGAAAAACAGCAUGUACGGAUUUUCAGUUACUUAAUCAAAACUCAAAUGUGAGUGUUUUUAUCUUUUUACCUUUCAUACACUAGCCUUGGCCUCUUUCCUCAGCCUUAAGAACCAUCUGCCAAAAAUUACUGAUCCUCGCAUGAUGGCAGCCAUAGUGCAUAGCUACUAAAAUCAGUGACCUUGAACAUAUCUUAGAUGGGGAGCCUCGGGAAAAGGUAGAGGAGUCAUGUUACCAUUUACAUGUUUUAAAGAAAGAAGUAUGGGGAUUUUCACUGAAACGUCUAGGAAAUCUAGAAGUAGUCCUGAAGGACAGAAACUAAACUCUUACCAUAUGUUUGGUAAGGCUCCAGACUCCAGAUAACAGUCCCUAUGGAAAGAUGGCAUCAAAACAGAUAGAUCUAUAUAUAUAUAUAAAUAUAUAUUCUAUUACAUUUUCAGUGAGUAAUUUUGGAUUUUGCAAGGUGCAUUUUUACUAUUGUUACAUUAUGUGGAAAACUUAUGCUGAUUUAUUUAAGGGGGAAAAAGUGUCAACUCUUUGUUAUUUGAAAACAUGUUUAUUUUUCUUGUCUUUAUUUUAACCUUUGAUAGAAUCAUUGCAAUAUGGGGGCCUUUUGGGAACGGACUGGUAUGUAAAAGAAAAUCCAUUAUCGAGCAGCAUUUUAUUUAUCCCUCUCCUAUCCCCAGGUACUUAACCAAGACAAAAAGCCACAAUGAACAUCCCUUUUUCAAUGAAUUUUAUCAUCUGCAGCUCUAUUCCGAGCCCUUAGCACCCAUUCUGACCAUAGUAUAAUCAUAUCAAAGGGUGAGAAUCAUUUAGCAUGUUGUUGAAAGGCUUUUUUCAGUUCUUUUUAGAAAAAAGAAAAAGAAAAAAAAAAAAAAACAAAAAUCACACCAUUGCUCACAGAAUUGGCAUCUCAUCUUUGGGACCUCCCAUCUUUCUGUUUUGAAAAGUGUACAGUAGUGCAGUGUUCCUGAUGUAACUUUAUGGCUUACAAUGUUGACAUGUCUCAGGUUCCUGUGUUUCGAUUGGUGUUUUCCGUCUCAGGUAGAUUGCAAAGUGUAGGCCCCACACAUUGGAAAAAAAUAAUAAUAAAACAAAGCAAAAACAGGAAAUUAUGGAUUUUAGUUGUAUAUUGGUUUAUGUAUUUUUUUCUUAAGUAUACAGUGCACUGUUUGAAAUGUAUUGUUGAGUAUUACUUUGUACAGGUUGAUCACUUUUUUUAGAGUGAAGAAAGAACAAACUUGUUUUUUGUGUUUUUUAAAGGAAUAUAAAAUAAUGAAGGAUGUAUAAUUGAUGCCAAAUAAGCUUGUUCUUUAGUCACACCGACGUCUUAUUUUUCCCUUUAGGCCAGUUCUGUUUUUAAGGUGUACAUGGACAAUGUUACAGUGUAAGAAACUCCAUAUCCAUAUGUUCCCAUUCGCAUUUUGUAUUGGUUCAUGUAUACCAUUUUUACAAAAAGAAAAAGAAAAAAAAGAAGUACUAUAAAAUAUCUGUCUUCUUAAUAAAAAAAUUAAUGUUACAAA